CACACGGCUCCCACGGUUCGUCGACGUACCAUUCACGACCCGCCGAUGCAACACCCAUGCAGCUGAAGACAACGUAAAGAACCAGCUUCGUCUAAAUCGGCCGAGUGAACUUAUUCAAGUGACAUCAUCAUGCAUACUGCAUUAGUAUUUCUUCUCGUUGUCUCCAUGGCUACGAUUGACUGCUUGCCAGUGGAUGACACCACCACCGGUGUUCAAGUUGAUGUUAGGGAUUCCCGGUUAUGGCUGUGUGGCAGACUUGUCGAAGAUCUGCGUGCUCUCUGCAGAGGUUGCUAUGCAGGCCCCGAUAUCAGCAAAAGAGAGGCAUCGAAGUUCAUGCAAUUCAAUGCGCAUACAAUACGCCAAAGUCGCGGCAUCAUUGAAGAUUGCUGCUACCAUACAUGUCCGACGGAACGGAAAAUUCAGUAUUGUUGUUUUGAAGUACAGGCGCAAUAUCGAUUAUUCAUGGAAUCUGCAAUUUAAUUUAACAUCAGUUGGCGGC